CAACUCUCUCCCCUUCUACAUAUACACCACCGGGAAAUCCUCCCUCCACCACGCUCUCUCGCUCUCUCUCUAUCUCUAUCUCUACAUUCUCACACCCAGAGAGAGCACGCCUCCUUCCCUCUCUCUCUCUGACCUGAGUUGGUUCAUCAUUUUUCUGAGUGAACCCGUCGAAGAUCAAACUGCAUCAACAAUGGGUCUUUGCAGUUCAUGCGAGUCGACAUCUGUGGCAACGGCGAAGCUGAUAUUACAAGAUGGGAGAUUACAAGAAUUUUCGUACCCAGUUAAAGUCUGGUACGUGUUGCAAAAGAACCCAUCUUGUUUCAUUUGUAACUCGGACGAAAUGGACUUUGACGACGUUGUUUCGGCGAUUGGUGACGAAGAGGAGCUUCAACUGGGUCAAUUGUAUUUUGCUCUGCCGUUGAGUCGGUUGAAUUACCCACUUCAGGCGGAGGAAAUGGCGGCAUUGGCGGUGAAAGCGAGCUCUGCAUUGACGAAAAGUGGUGGUGAGAAAUGUGGGUGUCGUCGGCAUAGUUUUUCUCCGGUGUUGUUAACCGGAGAGAAGGGUGGUAGGUCAUCGAGAAGAGUGGCUGAUGUCUGUGGUACUGGGUUGAGAUCAAGAGGGAGGAGUAGUGCUGCUGGUGGCGGCGGUGGAAUAAGACGGAAUUUUGAAGAUAGGUUGAACGCAAUACCAGAGUAGGGGUAAUUUGGGAAUAAAAAAGUCGUUAAAGGUGUAAAUAAUGAAAUGAAUCGACAUUUAUUAAAGAGAGCUACUUCCACGUUCGGCAUUUUUACGUUUCUUGUUGACCAUUUGGG